AUGUCUUCCCACUUUUCUAAUGUCUACGGUCGGACCCCAGAAGAUUUCAUCUCCAACUAUGCCGAGGAGGACGAGGACGGGAAAAAACUGAAGCUUUUCAGAUACAAAGGAAAGUCGUACCCUUCCUUCGGUGAUGUAGCCUUCAGUCAGCUCAAAGACCUGAAGAUCAGAGAUGAUGACUUAUUUCUCAUGGGCUACCUGAAGACUGGUUGCCACUGGAUAUACGAAGUGAUCAACAUGAUGCGUCGUCGAGAGGCCAAACUGACAGUGAACACAAAGGCUGAGGCGUUCAUGGACGUUUGUCACCCCAAAAUGUUGGACGCUCUCUCCUCCCCGCGCACCCUCAACUCGCACCUCACCUUUAGCCAGCUGCCCGCACAGAACCAGCCCCGAGAGAUGAAACGCAUUGCAAAGUUCCUGGAGAUUGAGGUAGCGGACGACCUGAUCAAGUCUAUCUGCCAGGCAACGAGUAUGUCUUCCAUGAAGGAAGCCAAUAACAAAGGUUUCAACGUCAGAAAAGGUCAGGUCGGAGACUGGAAGAACUGGUUGACCGUAGCUCAGGACGGAGCUCUUGAUGACGUCGCCAGGACGACGAUGCCAGGCCUGUCCAUCUACAAGCCACGAUUUACUUUACCUUGAUAAACUGAUCAGUAAACCCGAUAUUAGUACCCAGAUUUAUAAAUUUAUUCGUGAGGCAGCUAACUUGGUGAAAUGAGGCACUCGUCAAAAUAAUCAAAAUGAAGAAACAGGUAUUUUUCUGCAGGUUUCUGAAUUUGUAUUGAAUUUUUGUU